AACGGUACACGUGCUUUGGCAAGUGUGCUUUCGUAUCGCGAGCUAACCGCGCAAGACGCUCCUAGUGAGUACGCGAGAAACUUGGACCCUAGCUACUCGCAGUAUCCAGGAAGAAUUUCAGGCAUCGUCGUAUUUCGUACAAUAACCUUCGUGGUACUUCACGAGCCCACCGACCUUCUUCAAGAAGAAAUUUCGAUUCACCGAGAGAAAAGACCUUGACCUAGUGCAGCACAGUAUUUGCGGUUAACUUUGAACGCACCCUUGACCGGAAAUCAUGACUGACGUUGUGUUUUGGCUGCUGUGCAUCUGUGCAGGAAUCCUGACGAUGAUCCUCAAAUUUGCACCAAGGUCAAUAAAGAGAGAUGAUCACAGAAGGAGUUCAAAAUUAUCAUGUCUUGCAAGUGGAGACAAUGUAACUUUUCAGGCUGAUGGACUGAAUGAAAGGAGUAAAGCUGAUGGGAUGAUAGGGAAAGUUUUGAAGGGCCCUAGAGCUUUACCGAUAAUUGGAAGUUUGCAUCUACUGAGAGGACCCGGUGGCCCGUUUGAAGCUUUUACGAAUCUGGCGAAAUUGUAUGGUGACAUCUAUCAAAUUCAAUUGGGUGUUGAAAAAUGCGUCGUUGUUAGCAGUUACGAUUUGGUGAAGGAAGUCCUGAUUACAAAGGGGAAUCACUUUGGAGGCCGUCCGGACUUUAUACGCUUCCAUAAACUUUUUAGCGGGGAUCGCAAUAAUUCCCUGGCUUUGUGUGAUUGGUCGGACCUGCAACGGAAGCGGCGAUCGUUAGCACGGAGCUUCUGUUCACCUCGCGGUGGCAGUUUGCAGCAAGAGGAAUUAUCGCGAGUGGCUAGUCUGGAAGCUUUCCAAUUUCUGAGGACCCUUCAUCAGGAGGAUUCUCUUGCCGUUCUUAACGGAGAACAGCCUUUGAAGCCCGUAAUAUUAGCAGCUGCUGCGAAUAUGUUUACUCGUUAUAUGUGUUCUGCCCGCUUUGGCUACAAUAACAAUGAAUUCAACAAAAUCAUCAGGAACUUCGACGAGAUUUUUUGGGAUAUCAAUCAAGGCUACGCAGUUGACUUCAUGCCUUGGCUAUCACCCUUCUAUUCGAAACUUUUCAAACGUCUCCACCUCUUGACAUCUGAGAUCAGGAAUUUCAUUCUCGACAAAAUCGUGGAUCCUCGUAGAGCAAAUUUAGAUGACAACGGUGUUCCGCGUGAUUUCACUGAUGCUCUACUUCUCCACUUGGAAAGCUCUGAGUCGGAUCUAACGUGGGAACACAUCAUUUUUGAACUGGAAGAUUUCGUCGGCGGUCAUUCCGCUAUUGGAAAUUUGGUGAUGUUGAUCCUGGCUAAUACAGUCAUUCAUUCUGAGGUGCAAAAGAAAAUUCAGGAAGAAUGUGAUGUUAUUUUGUCACAAUCAGGACGUCACUCAGUCUCUAUGGAUGACAGAAAAGACAUGCCCUACACGGAAGCUGUUAUUUGGGAAACGUUAAGGGUCACAAGUUCUCCAAUUGUUCCUCAUGUCGCGACUCAAAAUACUGAAAUAGGAGGGUAUUCUGUGAGUAAAGAUACAGUUGUUUUUGUCAACAACUACCAACUGAAUUUAGGUGAAACCUACUGGGGAUCUGAUGCAAAAGAUUUCCGACCAGAGCGUUUCUUGAACUCCGUCGUCGACAAGUUUGAUGGCCAACGAAGAACUGUCGUAGUCAAGCCAAACUACUUUCUUCCUUUUUCUACUGGCAAGAGAACUUGUAUCGGUCAAAGGCUGGUCCAAGGAUUAACGUUUGUUUUAAUCACGACAAUUCUUUCACAUUAUGAUGUCCUAUCUUCCAGGGACUUGAAAAGUUGUUUACUCCCAGGCGUUGUGGCGCUACCGCCUGAAACAUUUCAUCUAGUUCUGAAAUCACGAAAGAAAUUCAACAGUGAUAUGGAAUUAUGUUAGACUGAUUAUUUUACUGGCGAGGUUCACUCUUACUAUAUAAGAUAGAAUGAGUAAGUUUAUAUUGGGUAUGAAUUUUCAGAUCUAAGACAAAGCCAAAAAAUCUGUGUUCUUUUUUCAAAAUAAUUAGAACUGUAAUUGCCGAUUCAGACUUUGUAUUUUUGUAAGGAAUGUCAUACAAUGAAUUAGAGAGUCUAGAAUUACUAUUAAUAAGAACAAUGUAAAGUUAAUCUGUGUAAGAAAGAUUGUAUACUGUAGGCGAAAAAGUCCAAUAUUCGUCUCGUCUAUUAUUUUUCAAACCAAUUUAGAAUUAGUCAUAGAUUUUGGUAACAAACAGUAAUGUGGAAUUAAGAUAUUCUAAGUUUAAUAAAAGGAUUUAAAAAAAUAUUGUAUAGGGUCUAUCGUUUGUUACCAAAAUCUUUUCAUAAGUAUACAAAAUUUGACAAAGUUAUUUAACCCAUGGAGUUUUUGUUUGGCAUUCUUGAACUUGGCUUUUUAAAAAAUGAAAGAGAACUCUGCAUCCUUGUAGAAAUUUUGUCGGAAAUCACAAUUUUGAGAUUUAUAACGGUACCUGUACUUCAUUCAUGUCUUUUUAAGUUUGCUGAAUAAUUUUAUCGAAAUUUUCAAACUUGAUUUAUAAAGUACUUUAUAAUCCAUUUUUAUAUAUCGUUCUUAGAUUAUCAUAAAUUGAAUCGUUUUGUAAGUAAUAUACGUUUUUGAGCUUCAUAUUCACAGAGAAAACCUGACUCAUUUUGAGCUUUAGCUAUGUUCGCUGUCAUUACCAAUAUUAAAGUUGCUUUCUUCAAAAUGAAAGUGUGCAAUUUUGUAAUGAGUUAAGUGAAUAGUUUGUACAGUAUCAUUUUGUAAGUGAUACUUUUAAAUGUAUUUAAUUUAAGAACUCUCGUUACAAAUCAUAUGUGUAUAAAACAUAUAAUAUUGACUAUAUGGAGGCAGUUUACACCGAAAAGUACCAUAUUUGAUCGACAAGAUACCAUACAUUAUGACAAUUGGCGAAAAUAUUCAGGCAUCUGUGGUAUUUUCUAGUAAGUUGUAGGUCAUUUAUGGUAACAUUCGGUAACUUUCAUAGAACUCCUUACAGAACUUGUCGUGACGGUUAUAAAAUAGUUAUCAUGGUAAAUGCGACAUUAUUGUAACUACUACAUAACGCUAUAAAACCUUCAGUAGCAAAAGAUACUGCGGUGUAAACUGCCUCGCGAUAUUACAGCAUCCUAGUUAUAAGAAAACAAGAAUCAUUUUCAUGUUUAAUACAUAAUUUGCUAUUAAGGCACAAAUUUCUCAAAUGUUAAUGUUAACUGUUAACAGUUUUUUCGAUGCUAAUAUUGUAUUAGUAAACUUG